AUGUUCAGAGAACAUUUUUCAGACUUUGAGGUGAAAGACCUUUGGGGCGAUUUUCAUGCUUUCUGUACUGAGUAUAGGCACCUUGUACCCCUUGCUCUGCGGGAGGCACUUGAUGCAUUCUACUUGGCACGUAAGGCAUAUGGAGAGGCCAAAAAGCGUAUAGUUCGAUCAUGCCGCCUGAAUCAUAAAGCAGUGACUGCAGCGGAUCGGGAAGCUUGGCUCAAAGAGCACUGCAUCAUUAUAGAGGUGCAGAAAUGCCAAAAGCCUUAUCCACCUCUCCAGCAUUGGGUAGUGGAGAGCGGUGAGAUUGCAGAACUCUGGCAUGCACACUGUGUGGAUGGCAAGUUGCAUGACAAGCGUGGCAAGCACUACCCACUAUUCCGAGUCGAUGAGACAGAGCUGGUUGUCGCCCGUGCAGACCAAAGUGUCUUGUUCGUCGACAAGGAUAGUAGGGAGCUUGUCGCUUUUGUUAUUCGCAACUGGUGUCCAGAGGCAGGAAUAGUCGACAGUGUCAAUGCAGUCGUCCAUAAUGCUGCAGCAUAUAAGAAGAACGUUCGGCUGGACGAUCCUGGCUUUAUGUCACAUGCAGGCUACACUGCUGGAUCGCGAUCACAGCCAGGCUUCGACUGGGCCCGCAACCUCUCUCCAAAGCUUGCCAAAGACUCUGCCUUCGUCCGGUCGAUGCGCUACCAAGAAAGCUCUAUCUGUGCCUUCCUAUGGAAUAUGGCCAAAGGUACUCUCCCUGCAGAGGUUAUCAAGUCAUACGACGACUUUCUGCACUCUCAUCAUAUGGCUCGAAUGGGCUGUGGCGAUGGCGACUUCCGAAAGGUCGGAGAGUACAUGGUCAAAGACAGCAGUGUUCCUCCUGAUGCACCUUACCCCUCGACUUUCACCUUUCAGGCUGUGGAGCGCUCACCUCCAUCAGCCCUGUUUUCUGUCAACUAUGCAAGCUAUUUACUCAAAUAUACUAGGCGCAUUCAUUGGGAAGGGUCCCCGCACAAGUGGUUGUUUUCUUGGACACUUAAGCGGCACUAUGGACCUGAAUCAGGUGGCAACUUCUAUAUCCCAGAGCAUAAGAUCAAAAUUGAAGGUGCCUCAAACUCUUGUGUAGGCUGGUGGCCUGGCAAGCCUCAUGGCACUAGCCUUCGUGCAUGUGGACCACAGGAACAACUUGCUACUCUCUAUGAAGUUGGGCUGUCCUUUGUUACAUCCUCCCGUCUUCCUAAGCAGUGGACAUGCUAUACUGCCUCCAACUUUAAUGAGAAGGAGCGGGACCAGAUUAUGAAGGAGCUUGGAGACCAGUUUGAUACAGAUGUAGAGGCUGAUGUAUAG